CUCAUCAUAUAGGUCACUCAACAAACCACAAAUAAUUCAAAUAAUUAAAUUUCCUGAUUCGAUCAAUCGAGAUGACGAAAGAUGUGGAGGUCGGCGGACAUGACUAUGGCGUGAAGGACUACCAAGAUCCUCCACCGGCGCCGCUAAUCGACAUGGACGAGCUGGGCAAAUGGUCAUUAUACAGAGCCGCCAUCGCCGAAUUCAUCGCAACCCUCCUCUUCCUCUACGUCACCGUCCUCACCGUCAUCGGCUACAAGUACCAGAGCGCCGCCGACCAGUGCGGCGGCGUCGGCAUCCUCGGCAUCGCCUGGGCCUUCGGCGGCAUGAUCUUCGUCCUCGUCUACUGCACCGCUGGCAUUUCAGGGGGCCACAUCAACCCGGCCGUCACUUUCGGGCUGCUCCUGGCCCGGAAGGUGUCCUUGGUUCGGGCCGUGCUCUACAUUGUGGCGCAGUGCUUGGGAGCCAUCUGCGGCUGCGGCCUCGUCAAGGCCUUCCAGAAGACAUACUACCUCCAGUACGGCGGCGGCGCCAACGAGCUCAGCGACGGAUACAGCGCCGGCACAGGAGUGGCAGCAGAGAUCAUUGGCACAUUCGUUCUUGUCUACACCGUCUUCUCCGCCACUGACCCCAAGAGAAAUGCCAGAGACUCCCACGUCCCUGUUUUGGCGCCACUUCCAAUUGGAUUUGCGGUGUUCAUGGUUCACUUAGCCACAAUCCCGAUCACCGGCACCGGCAUCAACCCAGCCCGGAGCUUUGGCGCCGCCGUCAUUUACGGAAAAGAUAAGGCAUGGGAUGACCAGUGGAUAUUCUGGGUGGGACCAAUUGUUGGAGCAGUGAUUGCAGCGAUCUACCACCAGUUUGUGUUGAGGGCAGGAGCAGUCAAAGCUCUGGGAUCAUUCCGGAGCUCUUCCUAUAAUUAAGGACUCUGUUUUUUUACUUGGCACUUAUUUUUAUAAAUGUGCCAAAAUAUGCUCUUAAUUUUUACUUUUGUUUAUCGUUCCGGCUUAAGCACUAAAUAAAUAUAGUGCUUUUUGUAUCAAACUAGUAGUAAUAAAGUUUAUAUUUCUCUGGUUUGUA